AUGCCGUAUGAAAAAGACGGACCAGGAACACCUCUCGUUGCAACUUGCAACAAGGCCUUAGCAAAGAAGCGCUUCUUAUCGGCAGCAAGUUACAGCACAUUUUCUUUGUUUAUCUGUGAGGAGAGAGGGAGGGAGAGAAAGAUGGAAGAAUCAUUUCCAAUGACCGGCGGAGAUGGUCCUUACAGCUACACCAAGAAUUCUAGUCAUCAGAAAAAAGCAGCUGCUAGCGGAAAAACAAUGCUAGCUUCAGGGAUCCUCGAAAACCUUGUCAUAGAACAUUCUUCAAGGAGCAAAUCUCCCAUUUUGACACGCGGCGGCGACUUUAAUUUCCUUCGGGCGCGGAGAUUGUGCGCUUCGGGGGAUAAAAUGGAGGGAGGUGGGCCCACAACACUUUUGGGUCUGCACCAUCUAACCAAUGAAUGA